UAGGCACAACUAACAAUGGUGAGUCUCGAAAUGGCAUCCAUAGUUGUCCUUUUAGCUUUACUAGCUUCGUUUGCUAGCGCAUAUGAUAACAACCCCUUGCAAGAUUUUUGUGUUGCAGUUGCCGAUCCCCUAGCUGCAGUGUUUGUCAAUGGAAAGGUUUGCAAGAACCCAAAACUUGUUACGGCAGAUGAUUUCUACAUGGCUGCUGGGUUUAACACCCCUGUUGGAGGUAUAAAUCUUAGUUUUGUGGGACUGGUAACAAAGCUUCUAGAUGCGGACCGAUUCCCAGGGCUGAACACCAUGGGGUUGUCAAUCGGUCGUAUAGAUUUUGCACCCAAUGGCCUAAUCCCACUCCACACUCACCCUCGAGACAGUGAGGUUGUGUUUAUUCUGGAAGGCACUGUUUACGUCGGCUUUGUCACUUCAAAUCCACUCAAUGGUGAAAAGAAUAAGCUUUUCUCAAAAAUUCUUAAUCCUGGCAACUCCUUCAUUUUUCCUAUGGGACUCGUUCACUUCCUCUACAAUGUUGGCCGCACUAAUGCUUUAUUGUUUGCCUCUUUCAAUAGCCAAAACCCAGGAUUUGUCUCCCUCGCUAAUUCUGCCUUUGGAUCUGCCCCGCCAAUUUCAGAGGAUGUUCUCACCAAAGCAUUCCGCCUCGACAAAACAGUCAUUAACUAUCUUCAAUCACAGGACUGGCCUCUUAUAUAAUAAUCUGCUUCUGUGCUAUUAUUACUUAAUAUAAUGUUUGAGUUGUAUGCGGUUUGACAUAAAAUAAUAUACUACUCGUAUUAAAUAAUAUAAUGAAUGUAAUAUUAUGCUUCUGUAUCAAUUUAAACUUUUAGUGGGUAUCUUUCAA